UUGGUGGAUGUGCGCGGGCUUGGGGGAGGGGCCUCGAAGACAGCAAGAUGGCGACUGCGGAGCCGGCGACAGCAGCGGAGCCGCAAGAAGUACCUGAGGUCCUUGAAGCUGAUUCAGCAGCAGCACCAGAAGUGUGCCCUGAAACUGUAAGCCAGGAUCAAUACCUAAAACACCCACUGCAAAACAGAUGGGCUUUAUGGUAUUUUAAAAAUGACAAGACCAAAAGUUGGACAGAGAACUUGCGACUUAUUGCUAAAUUUGAUACUGUUGAAGACUUUUGGGCGUUAUAUAAUCACAUACAACAACCUAGUAAACUUUUGUUUGGUUGUGAUUACUGUUUGUUUAAGGACGGUAUUAAACCGAUGUGGGAAGAUGAGAAAAAUAAAAGAGGAGGAAGGUGGCUAAUGACACUUAACAAGCAACAGAGGCACAAUGACUUGGACCGAUACUGGCUGGAAACGCUUUUGUGUCUGAUUGGGGAGGCCUUUGAUGAAUUCAGUGACGAGGUGUGUGGAGCUGUUGUAAAUGUCAGGCCCAAAGGUGACAAAAUAGCAAUCUGGACAGGGAACUGCCAAAACAGAGAUGCAGUUGUUUCAAUAGGGCAAUUGUACAAAGAACGUUUAGGACUGUCUUUGAAAGUUCUUAUUGGUUACCAGUCACACGAUGACACAUCUAGCAAAAGUGGAUCCACAACAAAGAACCUGUUUUCAGUUUAGCGAAUAUCCCAAAUGCAGCAAACAAACUGAAAUUCAUCUGGUAACAUGGGUAAAAGUAAAUAAAACAUUGGAUCUAUCAACACACAAAGAAACUUGCAGCAAGCAGGAGCUGAACACGCCAGGUUCUGAGAGAUCCUUGCAGCUAACCAGAAUUGGUUUCUAUUGACAAAUGAAAGGUCGAUGGAGGGAGCCACACCAUCGGGUCUAUAGAAUUUUUUUCUUUAUUUUGGAUUUAUCAGGCUCAAAUUUAACACUAGCUGAUGAAGAAACAACACAUUUUCAGUUUUAAUGGCCAUUUCUAACCAAUCUUUAGCUUAACACAAGCAAACAAUAGUUUGAUGUGUACAUAUCACAUAGUAUGAGCAAAGGACAAUGAACAUUUUCCCUAACAUUUGGCCAGACACACACAGCAUGCUGAUAAUGGUCCUGAACUUCAACUGGUAAUGGUAAGAGCAGUGUGCAUAGCACAAAUUACAGCAGAUAAAUCAUUAAAAUCUGCAGUAUUUGCAAACUACAGGCUUUCUCUGUAUAAAGCAUCCACAAAGAAGCGGCUUUGGGAACAGGCAGAAUCUGACACAUUCACAUCAAUCAUGCUGCUUCAUACAUGGGAAUGUGCUUAUACUUUAGUCUUUCCAAGCUGUCUGAGCUCAACAUAUACGGAAGUUCUGUCUCGUGUCUGAAUGUGAGAGCUUACCAUCUCUCCCUAAGCCUGAAUAUUAAUUUGGAAUGGGAGCCAACUGCUAAUGCCCAUGCCCUUUUCCUCGCAUUCCAGAACUGUCUCCAGGAAUGUAAUGUUUGUGAAUCUAGUUUGCAUUUAUGUGGGCAGUGUUAAAUUAUUCAGAGCCAAUUAUAAGCAGAGCAGACAUCAGGGAAGAAAGGUGAAAUAGUUCUUUGUCAAAAUUUCAUAACAGAUGUGAAAUUGGGAAGAAAUUCUAAAACGUACAUUAACUGUUUUAAAUUGGGGGGGGGGCAAUGCAAAUGUCAGUAGUUAAAAACAAUCUAGCUAUUUCUCUCAGCUGCCACUUUGAAUGACUUGGAGUUUAUUGCUGCUUUUCCUUAUAUCCUGCAUUUCUUUGUUAAGCUCUGAUAACUUGAGUGUCCUGAAACAUUCCUGCUUAUGUUUGAUCUGCAGCCCUGUGUUGAUUUUGAUCACUUGCAUUUUGAGGUGAACUUGUUCGCAUGUGGAACUAUUCCAUAGAAAAUAUUAUUUUCUUAAAGUAUUUAACAGUUAAAAGCAUUGCUGUGAACUUAAUUCAAAAGAUUAUUCAAUUGGAUGCUAAACAGCUAUCCUUAUUUGAGAUUCAUUGAUUGGAUUUGUAAGUCUUUUCACAGCGGAUGAAAUAAAAAUUAGAAAUUAGGGAUAUUGCCUAAUGAGCAGGAAAACUGAUGCUUUUAACAUCCUUUCACCAGUAUUUUCUCAUUGUGCAUUGUAUGAAUUCCAGAACUUGGUAAUAAAUGCUAAUAUUGGAACAA